AUGGAUCAAGAAAAGAAAUCGCACUCGUCGCCAUUACAGCCAUCACAGGUAACAAGUCCCAAUGCAUUAAUCGGCCCAGGUUUUAUAAAACCAUUGGAUUUAAAAAGCGACAACAUGCCUCUGAGCUGGAAAAACUGGAUAACGCAGCUAAAAAUUUAUUUACGAGCUAACAACUUGGAACACGAACAAGACAACCGCAAGGUCGCCAUCUUGUUACAUUUUAUAGGCGCCGAAACGCUACAAAUUUUCUACUCGUUCAACGUGUGUAUUGAUACCGUAAAAUUUGAUGCCCUUAUUGAGAAAUUUACACACCACUUUACUCCUCAAGUCAACAUCACCAUGGAACGCCAUAAAUUGUUUAACCGACGUCAGGGAAUAGAAGAAUCCAUUGAUGAUUACGUCACUGACCUAAAGAAUAUAAGCAAAAAAUGUGAAUUCAAAGAAUUAGAAGACUCAAUCCUAAGAGACAUACUUAGUUGGAACCUUACACCUCAAAAUCAGUACAUUAAAGAAAAAAUAUUACUAAAAAAGCCACAUACGUUCGAAGCAGCUAUAAACAUUGCUAAAUGUGCUGAAAUAACAAAAAUACAAGCGAAAACCUUAGAAGAUACAACAUUUGUAGGCCAAAUACAGACAAAUAAACAAAGAAACAGGUCAAGACAUCGCCAACAUCAGCCAAACAUCACCAGACAGUCCAGCCGUUCCAGACAAUAUAGCAGUUCAAGACGGUCAAAUACUACAGAACAACCAAAAUGCAGUCGAUGCGGACAGAUACAUCGUUUCAAAUGUCCAGCCAAAGGAGUCAAGUGUAAUAAGUGUGGUAAAUUUAAUCACUUUGCAGCUGUAUGUCACUCUAAACAGUUAAGCCGGAUGCAACUCCAAGUA